GGAUCUGCGACUUUUCAGAUCAGUACAUGUCGAUCAUCGGCAAUAAGAUUUUCUAAAAUAUUAACUCGCAAGAAAAUAUUAAAAAUUUGAAUAUUGUAAAAGUCAGAAUAUCAUAAUCAUACGUAAAAUGGGUCUUAAAUCAAAUUUAUUUGUGCUUAUUAUCAUCAGCAUAAUAAUGCAUGAGAUUACGGCUCAACAACAAUCAGCUUGUCAAUUGCCCAUAGAAAGAGGUCCUUGCAAAGCAUAUAUAACGAGAUAUGGAUAUAAUUCAAUAUCAGGACAAUGCGAGCGAUUCAUAUAUACCGGUUGUCAAGGAAAUGCAAACAAUUUUAAGAGUAUGGCCUUGUGUGAAGAGGCAUGCAUGAUGAUAGACAGGGCUUAAACAAAAGAUUUUGCGAA